CUGCUUUUAGCCAUUGCCAAAUAGGAGUCACAGUAGCAUUCACUUGUUCUUCUUCCUCUUCCCCUCCACCGUUGUCUUCUUCCUAGCAAAAAACCCAACAAACAUAUCUCAUUUUUCUGAAGAUCAGAACACCAACAGAAAGGGCUUAAUUUGUAGCCAGAUUUUCUGACCAUGGGUGGCUUGGGUUGCACCAGCAUUCUUUAUCUAUUCCCAUCUCUUUUCCUCAUACUUUUCUUCUCUUUCAUAAACCACCACUUCCAUUACUUACCAUUCCCUUACCAUAAAAAUUCCAAACUCUCCCAGCCUCACCAUCCCAUUUUCUCCCUCCCAAACAAUUCCACACUCUCCCUCACCGAAAAUUCCACCCUCUCCUUUCCGAUAAGCUCCAAACUCUCCAUUCCUAGUAACUCCACACUAUUCUCCAACCAAACUCUAGUCACCGAUGAUAUAUACCUCAACGAUCGUCUCAACAAUUCAGCCACAAAUAGCACUGAAUCUACUCAACAUGUCAUUACAGUGCAUGAGAAGAAUCCCUUUGAGAAAAUGGAAGAAGGGUUAGCUAGGGCGAGAGCUGCGAUAAGAGAAGCAGGUCGAUCAAAACGAUACACAUCAUACAGAAAGGGGGGAUUUGUGCCCCGAGGAUCCGUUUACAUCAACCCUUAUUCCUUUCAUCAGAGCCACAUUGAGAUGGAAAAGCGAUUUCGAAUUUGGCCAUACAAGGAAGGAGAGCCACCACUCUUCUACAACGGUCCAGUGAAUGACAUAUACUCCAUCGAAGGACAGUUCAUGGAUGAACUUAGGAAGAGCCCUUUUGCAGCACAAGACCCUAAUGAGGCCAUUGCGUUCUAUCUUCCCAUCAGUGUUGUCAGCAUUGUGAGAUACGUAUAUAGACCUUACACCAGCUACUCACGCCUACGGCUCCAGAUCAUCAUUGAGGACUACAUUAGCAUCAUGGCAAAGAGAUACCCAUACUGGAAUAGAAGCAAUGGGGCUGAUCAUUUUUUUGUUUCUUGCCAUGAUUGGGCACCGGAUGUUUCAGUUGGCAACCCUAAGCUCUUCAAGAACUUCAUUAGAGUACUCUGCAAUGCCAACUCCUCAGAAGGCUUUCAAGCAAUCCGAGACGUCUCCUUACCCGAAAUCAAAAUCCCUUUUGGCAAGCUUGGUCCACCCCUACUCACUCACCCCCCAGAAAACCGAUCAAUCUUCGCCUUCUUCGCAGGUGGUGAUCAUGGAGACGUGAGAAGGCGCCUCUUCCAGCAUUGGAAAAACAAAGAUGGUGAGAUCAAAGUCCAUGACUACCUCCCCAAAACCCAAAACUACACAGAGCUAAUGAGCAAGAGCAAGUUUUGUUUGUGCCCUAGUGGGUAUGAAGUUGCGAGCCCGAGAGUGGUCGAAUCAAUUUACGCAGGAUGCGUUCCUGUCAUCAUUUCAGAUGCUUAUGUGCUGCCCUUUAGUGAUGUUCUUGAUUGGAGCAAGUUUUCGGUUCAUGUUUCGGUGGCAAAGAUACCGGAGCUGAAGUCGAUUCUACAAACAAUUUCUGAGCAUGAGUAUGUAAAAAAACAAAAGGGGGUGAUGCAAGUGCAGCGACACUUCGUGCUGAACCGACCGUCGAAGCCGUUUGAUAUGUUGCAUAUGGUGAUGCAUUCGGUUUGGCUCAGGAGGCUUAAUUUGAGGUUGUUGGGGUAAUAAUAUUCCCUUCUAGGUCAUGGAGUUGUCUAAUUACUAAUUGGUUAUAUUUUCUUUUUCCGUGUGGAGCUUGAAGAAUAGGUUAGUGCGUAGUAGCUAGAGCUAGAGUGUGUGAAAAAUAACGACUCAGUGUUAACUUAGAA